UGAAGUGAAGAUGCUUUUUCCCUUUCGACAAACAGUCCAGCCCGCGAGCCGCUCACUUCUUCUUCCGCUGCUGCUCGUCCUUCUACCAACAGAGCGUCAAACUGUCCCCUUGCCUGGUUUACAAGAGGAACUUGCGCAGCCGGGGCUCAUCCAGCUCGGAGGAGGAGGCAAGAGCAGGCAUCAGAGACCCAGAGCACCGUCACCUCUAUAGCGUAUCUGUGGAGAGCUACGCGUCGGUAUGGGUGCGCUGAGGAAAGGACGUUACUUCUUUGUGAGGGGCCUCCUGCUCCUUAUUUAUUGCACAGCAUCAGUGAUCUCCAAAGGUGCCACAGGUGAAGCUCAAGCAGAUGCCCUGCCUUCGGUGCAGGGCACCCUGCCCCACUUCAUCCAGGAGCCAGAAGACGCCUACAUUGUCAAAAGUAACCCGAUCAAGCUGCGCUGUCGAGCUGCACCUGCCUUACAGAUCUUCUUCAAAUGCAAUGGGGAGUGGGUGCAUCAGAACGAGCACUUUUCUCAUGAGUACAAGGACCUCAACACUGGAUUGAAGGUGCGUGAGGUGAUGAUCAAUGUGUCCCGCCAGCAGGUGGAGGAUUUCCAUGGUCCUGAGGACUACUGGUGUCUCUGUGUUGCCUGGAGCCACUUGGGCACCUCCAAAAGUCGGAAGGCUACUGUCCGCAUCGCUUACCUGAGGAAAAACUUUGAGCAGGACCCCCAGGGGAAGGAGGUGCCAAUCAAUGGGAUGAUCGUUCUGCACUGCCGUCCUCCGGAGGGAGUGCCUGCAGCAGAGGUGGAGUGGCUGAAAAACGAAGAGCUGGUGAGCUCCCUGACGGAUGGCAAUAUCGACACCCGAGCCGACCACAACCUCAUCAUCAACGAGGCGCGUCUGUCCGACUCGGGCAACUACACCUGUCUGGCCAGCAACGUUGUAGCAAAGAGACGCAGUGCCACAGCAACUGUGAUAGUCUUUGUGAAUGGCGGCUGGUCCCUGUGGACAGACUGGUCGGCCUGUAAUGUGCCGUGUGGGCGGGGUGUCCAAAAACGAUCUCGGACCUGCACGAACCCAGCACCACUGAAUGGCGGAUCUUUCUGCGAGGGCAUGUCUGUGCAGAAGAUCACUUGCAAUGCGCCCUGUCCAAUUGAUGGAGGCUGGAAUGAGUGGAGCCAAUGGACAGUGUGCAGCAGCCACUGUGAGAAGCAGAGGAGUCGAGAAUGCAACUCCCCGGUUCCCAGACACCGAGGCAAAAUGUGCGAAGGGAACAGUGAGGCCACUGAGAACUGCACAGAUGGACUGUGUACCCAGAAUCGAAAGCUGCUACAUGACGUUAAACCUCAAAGUAUGGACAGCUCCAAUGACGUGGCUCUGUACUCGGGCCUUGGAGCCGGCAUAAUCACCGUUGCAGUCCUUGUGGUGGCUGUCAUGCUCUACAGGAGAAAUCACAGCGAGUACGGCGUGGACGUUAUCGACUCGUCGGCUCUCACUGGGGGUUUCCAGUCUUUCAACUUCAAGAACACCAGACAAGGAAAUCCAUUGCUUCUCAACUCCUCCAUGCAGCCUGACUUAACAGUGGGACGGACAUACAGCACUCCCCUCUGCUUCCAGGACAGCACAGACAAAGAGCUCUUUGACCCCCUACCAGACAUCAAGGUCAAAGUUCAGAGCUCCUUUAUGGUUUCACUAGGUGUGGCCGAGCGGGCGGAGUUCCACGCCAAAGCCCCAGCUGAAACCUUCCCCCGAGAUCUGAGCCGAGACUACUGCAGCACGAUGGACAGACGCAAGAAGGGCUUGCUUACUCUCAAUGGGCCUUUCAACUCCUGCAAAGAGCCGCUGAGGACCACCGGCGUGUUUGGUCACCAUGGAGGGAGGCUGGUUGUGCCAAACACAGGGGUCAGCCUGCUGGUGCCUCAUGGAGCCGUGGCUGAAAAUAUGUCCUGGGAGAUGUACAUGGUGAUCAAUCAGGGAGAGGCAAGUGUCCAAACACUGGACAGCUGUGAAAUCCUCCUGGGCCCAGAGGUAACAUACGGUCCUCCUGGCCUGGAUCUCUUCUGCCCGGUGGCCAUGACCAUCGCCCACUGUGCCGAGGUGGAUGCUGAGAACUGGAACAUCCAGCUCAAGAGGAGAACCCAGGACAGCAAAUGGGAGGAAGUUAUGUCAGUGGAGGAGGAGUCCACUUCUUGUUACUGCCUGAUGGACUCGACGAGCUGCCACCUGCUGCUGGACCAGCCGGGCUCGUACGCCCUGGUGGGCGAGCCUCUGACGCAGGCUGCCGUCAAACGGCUGAAGCUGGCCGUGUUUGGGACCAUGGAGGUCGGCUCCAUGAACUACACCUUGCGGGUGUACUGCGUGGACGACACGCCGCACGCCUUUCAGGGAGUGGUGGCUGCAGAGAAGACCAGAGGCGGUCAGCUCCUCGAGGAGCCAAAGAUGUUGCCUUUCCGAGCGAACACCUUCAGCCUGCAGGUGUCCAUCCAGGAUGUUCCCCAGUUUCUGUGGAGCAUCAAACCCUUUACCACAUGUCAGGAAUUCUCCUUCCCCCAAGUGUGGUGCAGCAACCAGCAGCCCCUGCACUGUGCCUUCUCUCUGGAGAGAUACAGCCCUGCCACCGCCCAGCUCUCCUGCAAAAUCAGCGUGCGCCAGGUCAAAGGCCACGAGCAGAUUCUGCAGGUCUACACGGCUGUGGCCGAGACCGAAAAGGAGUCAGUUCCAUUUUUUAUGCAGACAGACUGCAGCAUCACAUCCCAGACGGGGCCCAAGGCCUUCAAAAUCCCCCUGUCCAUCCGCCAGAGGAUCUGUGCCACCUUCGACACUGCCAACGCCAAGGGCAAGGACUGGCAACUCUUAGCCCAAAAGCUCCACUUAGAUCGAAACCUGGGGUAUUUUGCAAAGCAGCGGAGUCCGUCUGCGGUCAUACUAAGCCUGUGGGAGGCUCGUCACCAGGACACUUCUGACCUUGACUCUCUAGCCAGUGCCCUGGAGGAGAUUGGCAAGAUCCACUCUAGAAGCUCCCCCAAGGACCAGGAUGAGGCAGAGUCUGACUCCAAUCACAUACAAGCGAGCAGUCUCUAUGGAACAGGCCGACUAACCAGUCAGAAGACAGAGGACUGUGCUUCUGAAUACACAGGCUGAGAGAGGAGGCGGUUAAAAACUGCAGACUGACGUAUAUAUCUGUGUACGCGCACAGUCAGUGAUGGACAACACACUGCGGCGGUGUGGUAGAGGGUCAUGAGGUUGUCAGUGAGUAGACGGUGCCAGUGUUCAACAUGCCAACCAAUCACAACAGGUCGAGGUGAGCCGGCACCUGCUGUGGAUCUGCCCCCUCUUUUAAGAACGUGUCUGAGGCUGGACUAUAAAUCUUUCUCUGCCUUUCCACUCAAUCCUUUCUGUUUGUUUUUAACUUCUGUUGUUUUAGGUUGAUGUAGACUUAUUCCCCUCUGUGUCCGCUAUUGUCCAAACCUGUGUUAGAGGAGAAGGGAGCUCCUCUCCCAGACGUCCACACACACUUGCAUAUAGCUUGGUAUAUGCAAAUAAGAUGAUACAACUGUGGCGUAAUGUUAGUCACCUGUGUUUGAUCUGACACUCCCCUCCCCUCCCUGUCUCAACAAAUGAAGGACUUAAAAGCUACUAUGUUUUAUUUCCAGCAUUAUAUUUUCAAUGGGAAGCUCCUGAUUGCUUAAAUGUUGUGAUAGUGAACUUUCAAGGCAGGUAUCUCCAAAAUCACCCGUUUUCAUCUGUUAAGAGGGAAAAAAAAAAUCCAAAAACCUCAAUCUGAGCACUUACAUGAUCAUUUAUGCAAAAAUAGUCACAAAUAUAUCAUCCCCAGUCUAACUUUAAAGGUCAACAUGAUUCAAAAAAAAAAAAAAAAAAAACAGUUGGUUGUGGUGUAAUGUGGCAGAGUGAGAUUUCUAACCGUGGCAUUACAGUUCAUUACAGUUUCCUCCAGCAGCAGAUAGAGAGGGAGGAAGCUAUAAAACAUCAUUUCCUGGCACCGCAGGGAGGGUAUCGCUGCUUCUUAUCACCCAAUUCCCACCAUUAACACCCAUCACAUAGACCUCAUAUCAGGCCCCGACACACGCCCAACUGCCCCGACUCCUACCACCCACUCGCUCGUCACCCUUAACGCGCACAGACAUAACUCGCACAUUGACAUUUCAUGGCUGCAGAGGUCAUGUGCACAUGGAUCUCUCUGCAUUUACAUAUUAUACUACAAUAAAUAAUGAAGGAAUACAGACACUGUGAGUGUCAGACAUGCAAUCACACGUCCCACUGAGGUAACAUAAGGGUGGUAAGUAGACUGGAAAGUGAACCCUUCACCUUUACAUGUGUGCACACACUAAGGUUGAAAGUGUCAGAGCUGUUAAGCAGUGUUUGGAGGAAGCAUUUUCUAAUUGUUUAAGACUCCUAAUUCAAGUUUCAAUGCAGCACUUUUUACAUUAAAUAUAUUCAAAAGCAACACCUGGUGUUCUUGCAGCAGACAGAUUUGUGUGACUGAAAUCACAGUGGGUCUCAUAACAGCCUUCACCUUGCCAGAGAGGUACAUGCUGAGUGAAUAAGGCCAAAUUAUGCAAAAUUAUUUUUUCUCACGUACUCCUGGCGGUCUCUAGCCAUGAACUUUCAGGUUAGAUUUUUUUGAGAAUAUGAGAAUGUGCCACUGAGAUUUCUGCCCAGGUGAAUGGAAUGUCCUUUGCGAUGCUUCUUGCAAUGAAAAAUUCCACUGAGAUCCUCACUAAUUUAUACUCAAACAGAGGAGCGCCAGCUAGUGACAGUGGAAGGUUAGAAUCACUGAAUGACAGCAGGAGGGACGAGACAGACCUGAAUUUUAACCAUACCAAUCAGUUAAUCACAAAUCUAAAACUUUCAGGUGUUCCCUUCUUUCAAAGUGGUUUUAAGGCCACAAUGUAUUACCCAGACUUACAUAAACAUGAAUCUCCAUCCAUCCAUCCAUCCAUCCAUCCACUCUCUUCCGCUUAUCCGGGGCCGGGACCCGGUCGUGGGGACAGCAGCCUAAGCAGAGAAGCCCAGGCUUCCCUCUCUCCAGCCACCUCCUCCAGCUCAUCCGGAGGGACCCCAAGGCGUUCCCAGGCCAGCCGAGAGAUAUAAUCUCCCCCCAAAGAUUUGCCUGACAUAACAUCAUACUUUAAGCUAACACAGAGAGCAGGCGAAUGAACAAAAGAACGGGUACCUGUGUUGAAUUUAAACAUUUUGUCAACAUUAGAUUGUGAGCAGACUGUUACAGGUCUCAAGCUAAUUUUAACUGAAUUUUGCUGAAAAGCUGGUGAAAUAUAUUUUAUUUUGACAAACCAGUUACUAAACCAUUACCAUGGAGAAAAGUUUAUUUCCCUGGACUUAAAGAUUUUAGUCUCCAUAGAAGAAUAAAAUGUUCACCUGACAUGAAAUAAUUCAUGUAGCAAGGUGGUCCUAUAUACUCUGAAGCCUACCACUGUCGUGGUAACAUUUAUAGAAUAAUUAUAAACUUUAACUAAACAAGUUCAGAACUUAAACAUACAACUACAGCGUUACCAUGGAUAUGUGCGAUGUUCUCAGUCUCAUAUUUUCACCUUGAGACGCAGGUGAUUCAGUCGAUUGAAGAUCAGAUUAGGGUCGAUCUUUUCACUCAGGAAUGUGGCUGGUCCUCUGGAAAAGCCCCUCGCAGCAGUUGCACCAUCCUGUAAAACUCAACAAACCGUGCUUUAAUUUGUUCAGAAACACCUUCAUAACUGCAGGAUUUCACAGACGUGCUUCAGUUUAACAAGCUGGAAGAAGAAGCUGCACGACACACCUUUGUAGGGAAUUCAAACGCAACAAUGAGUUAAGUGGCUGACACAAAGUCUAAAGUUUUUUCUUUUUUUUUUCUUUGUGUGACUCCUGACAUUCUGAAUUUGGUUCAUUUCUCUUUUAUUUAGUUAAUAUUAGCUUUCACUCUGAAACAGUGGCGCUACAUGGCUUGAUGAAAAGUUGGAAAGGAAAGGAUCCCGUACGCAGUGCAAUCUCCACCCCCGCUGGAUCAGGAGUGCUGAAAGUCAAAGUCAGUUCAGUGAUUUGAUUGUUGUUUGUGCUGUAGACUGUUUGCAGGUGCUGCACUAAAAAUCAGAGGGGGUAAUAUAUUUUUAUUGCCACCAGGAGAAAAAAUAAUUUAGCAGAGGCAGGGACAUGUAGACCCUGGAGAUAUUGAGUUUGAAUGUUGGUUUUGUAUCAGUAUUUUGUUGACAACAUCAUCCUGUUAUGUUGGCCGGUACCAAGAUUAUAGUUAACUAAAACUAAACUAAAAACUAAAACUAGAAGUUAACACUAAUGUGCAGUUCUGUAACUUUAUCAGUUGCAUCAGGUAUAUCUGCCCUUUACAACGUCUCAUAAAACAAAGAAAGGCGGGACCCUAUACAAAGGCUCUAAAAUGAGGGAAAAUUUAGAGAAUCAUUAACAAAAAAUUGCUAAAAAUAAAAAAACAAAUUAUAAUGGAACUGGGAGCAUGUUCGUCAGUCCAUCCAUCCCUGGGACAUGUGAGCCUUGUCCGGUGAAGGCACAGUCUCCCUGCAUCACUGACAGCUGUGGGAGACAAACAAAGAACUGCAUUUCUUGAGAGGGGAAAAAUGACCAGCUGACUUUGACUUUUUUUUUUUUUGACCUUAUAAAUUUUGAAUGCAACUCAUACAACAACAACACAAUGAAAAUCAUGUGGUUGCAGUUGUGUGGGUGAAAAAUCACCCGAUGUUAGGGUUCUAGGGUAAAAAAAAAAAAAAAGAAAAAAUUUGUGUUUAAAAAAAAAACUGUACUUUUUGAAAACUAAAACUAACUGAAAUUAUUUUAAUUAAAAUCAAAUUAUAGAGGAAAUAUCCUCAGUUUUUGUUCUUGUUAGUUUGAUAAAAAGCGUAUCACAGCCUGAUGAGGCAUUGAUGGAAAAGCUUAUGGAGAGUUUGGAUGUCAACAAGACUGUGAGUCAUCUGCUUUCAGAAAGCUCUGUACAAACCUUUACCUAUACUGACUUUGCAUGUACCAUUACAUACAGUAAUAAUUAAAAUGACUAAAACUAACAAUGAAACUAAUAAAAACUAAACUGAAAAGAGUAAAACCACUCUGGAAACUAACUGAAACAAAACUGAAUAAAAAAAUGUAUUAAAAACAAAAUGUCCAAAAAAAAAAAAGAAAAUGGAAAACUAGAAUAACUCUAUAACACGAUUGCAUCACUAAAAUCAGAAAAGGGGCUACAUGUACAGUACCACUCAAAAGUUUGGACAGACCGAGUGUGUCCAAACUUUUGACUGGUACUGUAUGUGCUUGCUGGCAUAAUGUAAAGGUCAACAGAGCACACUGUGAGGGUACAUUUCAGUAGUUUCAGGAUUCUGGGUGGCCGUGUCUCAGGAGGUAGAGCAUGUCAUCUAUUAAUCAGAAUGUUGGUGGUUUGAUCCCUGGCUGCUCCAGACUGCAUGCCAAAGUGUCCUUGGGCAAGAUACUGACCAAAUGGAAAGCUAAUUCUGACAGAAAUUUGAUUUUAAAGAAGAAUCAGCAAACAGAAAUGCCAGCUGAUGCCUGUUUGCGUUCACUUCCAUGCUGCACACAGAAGAAGAAACAUUUACUGUAAACUAGCACAGGGAGCAGAGUAGGUGAAUAUUUUAGAAAUUUUUGGUUUAUCUGUGGAAAACUUUUUUUCUCUGCAAUAUUAUCUUAGAACACUUUGAGAACUAAUGUCACAAAUGGCAUUAAAUGUACUGUAACGGUGUGUAGGUUUAAUUUGAAGCAAAGUGUGGCACUUUACAGAGAGUUUAGCGUUCAGUCAUAGAUCAAAUCUUUACAUUUUUAAGUCACUGUCAAGACAAAGAAGCAGAGUUGGUGAUUUUUGACUGUUACUGCUGAGUUUCCAUCCAAAAAGAAAGUAAAUGUUCACAGAUUUUGAUGAAAAAAAGAGCAUCACUUACGGGCUUAUAGAUGUUAGCCUGCUCACAAUAUUAAAACGCUGGCUACAGAUAAACUGCCUUUUAAAUUGGGAAUGACUGGGUCACUACUAAUAUGUAAAAUAAUUAUCUGGCUAAUGUCAAUAUUUUUGUUGUUGGUGGUGUUAUUUAUGCAGCCUUUUGUACAAGGAAAACAAAGAAAUCUUCAUAAUAACAGCUCUUUGUCACACUGUUUGAGCCAGCACAAAAUUGGCCUGAUGCAUCAAAUAUUAUUUUAUCUAUACAACAGGCAUAUUGUACAGAUAACUGUAGGCACUAUAUUCCCUACAUUACACAAUUCCCAAUAAACAGACCUGCUGUAAGCUAGCAAAGAGCAGUAGAGCUAGAAGACAAAGUCACGGAUGAUCCCAUGAAGAAUUUUCAUAUUCUAGGCAGACAUUAGAGAUCAAAUACUUUUGAUCUUUGUUGGCACAAAUUACAGUCAUAGGUUUUUCUGAGGUCACAGAUCAGGAGAGCUGAAGGUCAUGUUCCCAUAGACUUCUAUACAAUCUAAAGGCUUCUUGUAACCUACUGGCCAUUAAAAAAGAAUGCAGGUUUAAGGCACUUCCCCGCUGGCAUGACUUUUCAGGCCUGACAGCUAUGUUUAUGUUUUCUGUCUGAGUUUGCACUAGGACACUUUCUAUCAGGAAAAAUAGAUUUAAAAAAAAAAUUAAAUUAAAUUGGGGACUCAGCCCAUGAAAAUCAAAAACUUUAGCCAACCUUCCAUUCAUUGCUGGCUGCAGUUUGACAGAACAAGAAUUUCACACAGCAAUCUCAAAAUAGCAGGAGGGAAUGAUUUGUAUGGUACAGGAUUUGAUACUUCUUGAUCACAGUACAUAAUCAAGCUUAAAAACAUCACUGCUGUAAAAUACAUAGUGCCAACCAAAAAAUUUUUUUGAUUUCUUUUAACAUAUUUAGUUUGAUUCCAAUUUUCUUGAUUAUUUUUACAAAAAAGCGAGGGGAACAUAAACCUUUCCUCAGUGGUCCAUCAGGACUCAUAUGGUGACUUGGAAUGCACCACUGGGUGUUUCUGACCUGGUACUGUACAUGUGAAUGGUUUCAUCCUUCUGUUUUUGUUUUCCUGCAUCAUUUCUAUGCAUUUAUAACCAAAUUCUCUUCAUUUAUUCUGUAAUUUAAGUUUGUAUGUGAAGAAUGUGAAAGGUAAUCUUUGAUUUGGUUUUUCUUGUUUGUUUUUUUUUUGUUCCCCCCUUAAUUGUGACUAAUCGGAUUUUCCUUUUUCAUUCCCGCAAGAGUGUCAGAAAAGGAAACGUGUGCUUUUGUAAUGCUUAGCGGUGGCUUCUGUCGCAUCGAGAGCAUCCUGUCUGUGUGGUCCACCCGAACAAACCCAACAUGCACCUUCAUCCUGGAUGUGUAUCAGCUGUGUCUGUAUCCCAUCGACAUGUUGAAAUUCAGUUCUUUGACAAGUGAGCUCACAUACACACUCAUACGAAAACAUAUUCUCACUGUGUAUAAUGCUUUGGUGUGAGAUUAAUCUUGUUUCAUGAGAUAAAAACGUCACUGUCGCAUUCAUGACUUCCUGUCACCUGAGUUGGUCGGUCCGAUGCUCUUUCUUGCUUCACGCAUGGCCUUCGGCUUCACAUCACUAUUCUUGUGCCUUGUUUAACUACUGUAAAUGGUGAAUGUUUGUAAAGUACAGAUGGGGAUGAAAAAACAAAAAAAGAACAAGUAAUCAUACUGACAUACAUUAAAGGUAUAAGUUGAAAAAGUAUUUAAGAUUAUAAUAAUGAAUAGGCUGCAGAGCUUUUCUAGUGCUGAACAGCUACGUUUGGUAAUGCCAGGGCAGCUUUGCGGUAUACUGUAUCUAUAAUUAUGGACAUUUUGGAUGU